AAUCGGCAUAUGGGGUAUAUCUUCUUCCUCUCGUAAUUAAAAAGAAAUCUAAGGACUUGUGAUCGAUAGCAGCUUCGUCCAUGGAUUUCCUUGACAAUCUCUUCUUCUUCCUCGUACGUCCGCUUCUGGCCAUCUCAUUCGUCGUCUGCUUCAUCGCUCUUUGGUGGUUUCUGGCCUGGAAGCUUGUACUGAGCCAUGUUCCUUUGGUUCAAGAGAUCUUUGGCUUGAGGAAAAAAACUAUUAAACCCAAACCUGAAUCUCGCGGUCGAAUCUCCAAAUUCUACAAAAGUAUCAGUUCUCAGAAUCCUGUUCCCAUAUGAGAUUGUGAAUUUCCGGAACUUCCAAAACAAAAUGACCAAGUAAGGGAUUCAAUGCCUACAAUACAACAAUCCCAGGGAAGAUUCAAGUUAAAUGCUUCUUAGACAUUUUAAGGGAUGAUUGAUGUUGACUCUUUUUGAUGGGAUGUGUGCAAUGUAAUGUGCAUUUUGUAUAGUGUGGAGUAUUUCAAGCACAAAAAUCUUACUUGGAUACAAGUCUCUUCAUAUGAUUCUAAAUUGUUGCGAGAGAGAUACGUUGAAAUAA